AUGAAAGCAGUUCAACACGAGUCGAAGUUUGAAUUAAAGAACGUGAGAGUAACCACAGGCAACGAGAAGGUGAAAGUGCUGAUAGCCGUGCUAAGCGUUUUCGUAAGGACUGUGAUACUUCUGAUGACAGUAUUAGCGACUGCCUCCAGAUGCAGUGAGAUUUGUAAAGAAAAGUCUUGUGGGUUGAAGAAGCUGAUUGAGACCACAGGAACAGGACAACUGAGUUUUUGUCUUUCGCACGUAAUGAUAUCAUUUUUAUGCAUUUGUUUCGUACUUAUCUUUCUCGAAACUCUCAACACUGCUUACUUUUGGCAUACUUAUAUUUUUCUAUUUGACCUUACUUGCGUUUUGACAGCACUCGCAUUUGCCAUAAUAGCUCAUUUAUGCUCAAUCUUGGCACCUUCCUCUCUAACUGCAGGAUUAACGUCAUUCUUGGUGUGCACCAUCAUGCUCCUAGUCUCGUUUCUCACACCUAUCAGUGAAAAAUGCACAUGGUUUUUGGCUUUGAAUCCGGCAAGUGCGUACAGAACAUUUUUUGAAAGCAUUAUAAUUGAUCGUACACGCGGAGCUGGGAUUUUUGAUCUAGAGCAGUGUUUUCACGAUGUUAUGUCGCCUUUAGAAUCGCUAUUUUAUCUAACGUCAAGUUUUAUCGUUUUUGCGUUUGUUCAGAUGUCGUAUAUAAUAUGCGUUUCAUAUUCCAUGGAAAGCACAUACCGGAGUGUUGCUCAAGUAUCCUCUUCGUUAAGUGAGCGUCGCUACGACCCUGAUGGUUUUGAGACCCGCAUAGAUCCAACAGUAGUGUUGCGGAACGUCAGUAAACAAUGGAAAGAUAAAAAAGAAAGUUCUCUGAAAGCUUUAUCCAUGAAAGCGUAUUGUGGCCAGAGACUUGAGCGCUGCUCGCUGUCCUUGUGCAACUGCGUACCACAGGCAUACAACUUUUCGGUCUGGUAUGUCUUCCCUAACAUCACUUAUCCUGUGAUUGGCAAAGGGGUAAAGAGCCUUCGAUGUUCAAAAGUAAGUGUCAAUGUUUAUUCACCAGGAAGGAAGGGUCUGAUUUGCGUAGGAUAUUGUCCAAGAGAAAACGCUCUCCUCCCGAAAUUAACCGUGUCUGAAUAUCUGUGGCUGUUUUACGGGCUGAAAUGCGGGGAUGGAAAAUGGAAAGAAGAAACCGAAGUUUUCGCUGACAUCCUAGGUCUGGGGGAAUACAUGGAUGAGCCUGUCGAAAAUCUAACUCCUACUCAAAAACAACUUCUACGCAUUUCUCUUGCGUUUAUUGGUGAUUCCACUAUUGUUUUGCUAGAGGAACCGUUCGAUGACUUGAGCCCUGAAUCCAUGAUAUUAUUGAAAAAAUUAUUAGAUCGUGAAAGAGAUAACAGAUGUGUGAUCAUCAGCACAACAUCGGCAUGUACUGCAGAAAUGGUUGCAGACUACGUUGUAAUCUUUCACAAUGGCGAAGGAGUCGUUUGUGGAAAUCCGUUAAGUCUGCAAAAAAAGGAACCUCCGAUUAUCGUUUUUAUUUUCUUUCCUUCUGUGAUUGAAAUAGACCAUAUACACAUGGCACCACACUGGCAGGCUGGAAACUAA